GGAAAUGUCAGGCCUACAGGAAACAGAGGGCUCCCACUCACACCAUCCCGCAGGUGGGCGGGGAGCAGAGAGAGAGAGAGCAGGGAGUAUGAGAGAACAGGGGCCCAGUGUGCAAGGGGUUGAGUGUGAGGUUUAUGUGUACGGUAGAGUUGAGAGUAUGAGAAGGAGAGUUGACAAGCAAGGCAAGGGAGUUUAUAUGUGCAAAGGAAAAAGCUGGGUGCAGGGAUGUGUGUUUGAAGCAGAGGGUGGAUAUGCAAAGUGGAGGGGGUCCCAGUGCAAGGGACAUGUUUGCUGGGAAGAUGUGCGUUCAAAGGAGAGACGUCCAGUCCGCUGGGGGUAAAAAUAAGCAGGUUGGCAAGAUAUUCGUGCAGAGAAGAGAUGCGGAGUUUUUACGGAUGUUCGCAAAAAAGGCGGUGUGGGGAAAGGAAAGGUCUGCCACGCACACGCCACUGUGAGGCAAUGUGGCUGGAGGUGGGGGGCUUACUGCGGGGGACCUGUGGACAGCUGGGACGGACUGUUGGUUUACCUUGUGGGGCCCUGGGGCCUGGGCCUCACUGGUGGGGGCCAUGUGGGGGUUCUUGGGCCCAAAUGUUUCAUAAGGAUGGGCCUGGCAGAGGCCUGGGUGAGGAGGACAUUCGCAGGAUACGGGAAGCCCGGAGCAGGAAGACCCCCCGGCCCCAGCUCAGCGACCGCUCUCGAGAACGCAAGGUGCCCGCUUCGCGCAUCAGCCGCUUGGCCAACUUUGGGGGACUGGCUGUGGGCUUGGGGCUGGGAGCGCUGGCUGAGGUGGCCAAGAAGUCCCUGCCAGGAGGACGUCUGCCAUCAGGUGAGUAAGGGAGCCACACUGCCUGAGUUCAGACCCUGGCCUUGCUAUGUGCCCUGGGCUGAGUGGCUUCACCUCUCUGAGCCCAGUUUUCUCAUCUGGAAAAUGCAUGAUCAUGUACCCACCUCUCAGGGUCAUCGUGAAGCCGCCUGUCAUGUGAGAAAAAUAACUGGAGUUGAAUUCCUAAAACUCUGAGCAGGAAAGAAAAGCUGAGAAUAGGAGUGUCAGGGAAGGGGAAGGGUGUCUGUGAACAACAGAGAGAAAGACGUGUGUGGAGAUUAGCACUGGGGGCUAAGAUUCCCCAACAAGCCUGCAUCUGGAAGCAAAAGUGGGGCUGGAUAUUUGGGGUGAGAAAGAGACCAAGGCUAUAGUAACUGACAGAUGCAAUGUGUGACCCAUGAUUGGAUGUCAGCUUGAGAAAAAUAACUAUUAAAGACUUUUGGGGACAACUGGGAACAUCUGAAUUUGAACUGAAGAGCAGAUAGAAUUCUUGUUCAUUUUCUUAGGCACGAUGAUGGCACUGUGAUUGAGUAGGGGAAUAUCCUUAUUUUUAGCACAGGUUGUGUGCAACUACAUGCAAAUGGGCCUGCAAAAAAUAAGGGCGAGGGUUUGGGCACAUACACACAGAUAAAUUAUACAGGUAAGGCCGAAGGUGAAAAGUUUGAAUCGGAAAAAAAAGAAAAAAGUUUGAAUUGGAGAUGUGGGUAUCCGUGAUGCUGUGCGUGUGACUUUCCUGUUCAUAUGGAUUUUUUUUCUUUUUUUCAAAAUGUUGGGUGUAAAUGGAGGAUUAGGCUUGCGGUAAGGCCAAACUGAGUCUACACCCUGCUUUGCCACUUCUGUGCUGUGUGACCCAGGGCCAGGCAUUGUACCUCUCUGAAUUUCUUGCUUCCUCACCUUGAAAAUUGAGGCAUGGGUAGUUCUUAC